AUGACCGUCGCGGUACCAGUCGGCAGUGGCGCCGCACCGCCGUUAAUCGUAUUCUUGAUAGUGUUCCAGAAGCGAAAGAUGGGCGGUGAGUUGCUUCGAGACUUCUUCUCAUUCGGGUAUUGGGAUGAGGAGGUUCUCAUGAUAAGACGAUCGUCGUAUUCAAGUGUAUCACAGGAGGAGGCGGCGGAAGAUGAAGAUGAAGAGGAAGAAGAAGAUGAUGGAGACAUACAGAUACGAUCAGAAUUUGCUGAUGAGGACGUUGACAUUAUGAUGGCACCAUUGGCGGUUCGAUUAUCGAUUAUUGUCGUACGCGAGUCUGGAAAAGAAAACGAGAUUUUCAAUUAUAGAUAA